AUGAUUGAACCAGAAUCAGAGGCUGAUCAAGGCCAGCCUUACAAAUACCGGGCACUUGAGUCUCCACUCCAUAUUAGAUUGCUUCAUCUACUGCCCGACGAGCCUAAUGAGGAUAUUCGACUACAAAUCUCACAUGAACUUCUGAGGCAAUCGGAGCAACCUAGGUCACUGCGUCUAUCCCGAAAGCAACUACAAAGAACGCUCCCUCUAGUAUGGGAAGUCGUUGAAACUAUCGAAGGCAGAUUCAUCUUCAUGAGCGAGUCUGACGACACAUCAAGUGGAGUGGAAGAUGAAAGCGAGGAAAGCGAUGAAGAAAAUGGAAUUAUCCAUACUUGGAAACACCCGGACCCUGCUGUAGACCCAGCACUGUACGAGCUCCCACCUCUAAAUCCCGCACAACCAGCAUUCGAAGCUCUAUCCUAUGUUUGGGGCGGGCAACAUGACCCUGUGGCCGCUACCAUUGAAGGAAAGGCAAGUAAGUACCUCGGAAUUAUAAAGCUUGGGAAGAACCUAGCUACGGCACUCAGACACUUGAGAUACCAAGACAAAGAGCGCGUAUUGUGGGUGGAUGCUAUCUGCAUCAACCAAAACGACGAUACCGAAAGGGCCACUCAAGUCCUUCGGAUGUCAAGUAUUUAUCAGGACUGCAGCCGAGUUGUCAUCUGGCUUGGCCCCGAAAAGCACGACAUAGGGCUACUUUUCUCUGAGCUGGCCCAUAUUGGAUCUCAGAUCGAGAAGACAACAAACGGUUUAAUAAUGUCAACCCCGGAUACAACCGACUUCAGUUGGUGGCAGAGCGAUGUGCCAGUUUCUUUUUCUGACGAGGUAUGGUCAGCUAUGAAAAAGCUCGGAGACAGGUCCUGGUUUAACCGUCUUUGGACUGUUCAAGAGGCUAUCAUGGCGAAUCGAGAUUCCAUAGUCCAGAGUGGCGACGCCAUUAUAUCAUGGUCUCUAUUCCGUCGUGCAGUUGUAUGCCUCCUGCAUAAAAACGAAAUGCCCAGGGCUCGAAUUUCUAUCAGUGUCAUGAGGAGCGUAGCGAAAAACCCAAUUGGAGCAACGCUGGCACAUACUCUGGACGCAUAUCAAGCCCGGCUGUGUUCAGACUCUCACGACAAGAUAUAUGGACUACUUGCUAUUCUACCACCAAGGUUUGCCAGUGAGAUCAGGCCGGACUAUGAGCAAUCUGUCGACGAGCUAUACAAGUCCUGCUUUCUGGCUAGUACUAAGGCUCUUAGCCGCUGGGAGCUGCGUGGCUGUCCCCGAAAUCCGGAUGAGGAUACUUGCCCCUCUUGGAUUCCUGAUCUUUCUGAAGUAGAUCCAUAUGGCCGGAGAGUAUCACACCACUAUGCCUCGGGAUGCUCUGCUCUACACUAUGAGUACCAAGCGCCCAACUUGCUAAACGUGGUUGGUCUAAGAUUCGACAUUGUGAAGUCUGUUUCCGAGAAGACCUUUGAUCAUUGGGAUGAUGGCGAGACAGCGAUUCGCGCUAUCCGAUCUUGGGAACCUGAAUGUUCUCUCACAGACCCGUACCCUAGCGGGGGCACCUAUUUAGAUGCUUUUGCCGCCACAUUUAUCCAAGACGGAAGAAUUGAACGUCGUCCUGCUGAAGGAUUCAGCCUUGAGCAUGUCAAGGAUAGGUUCAAAAAUGAAUUUCUUUCGACAGCCUCAACACCGGUGUCAAAGCUGACUCGCGGAGAUAUGAUGGAAUAUGUCAUCUGGACACGUUCCAAAGGUAGAGCGAUGGUCACAACUGAGAGGGGUAGUAUUGGCUUAGCCUGUCCUUUCGCAAAGCCAGGCGAUGUAAUUUGCGUCGUUCUCGGUUGCGACUUUCCAGUACUACUACGUCCAUGUAAGGACAACACCUGGAAGUUUCUGAGUGACUGCUACGUAUGGGAUCUAGAAACUGCACAAGGCUUGAUAGGUCCUCUACCGCCCCCCUGGCAACAACAGCUAUUCUAUGAUCCCAUCAUCGAACACCGGUCUUUUACACGCUAUUAUAACCAUAACACAGGGGAGCUGACAGCAGAAGACCCGAGGCUGGAGCCUCUUGUAGGAUGGCAGCGCGUUUCACUGGAAGAGCUAGGGCGAGACCUUACAGGCGACGACCCAGAGGUGUAUGAAUUCUUCCGGAACAUGGAAGAUGGCAGAAUCGUGAACUCCGAUCCGCGUUUAGAGCCAGAAGCACUUGAGUGCCGGGGAGUGAACCUGGAAACAUUUGUAUUGAGCUAG